UCUUCUCCUUUCUGCAGCUGAUGCCCUUACAUGCACGCAUGCCACUAUUUCUCUCCUUAAUUUUUUUUUGGCACAGGAGGGGUUCCGGGUCUCGCAGGCAAAAGCCCAAAUCACUCCGGAAACGGUGCUCUAUCUUGGUUAUCAAUUAAAAAGGGGGGAGAGAGCUUUGACAGCAUCUAGGAAAGAUGCGAUAACCAAAAUAAAGCAACCCGAGACCAGGAAGGAUUUAAGGAAGUUCUUGGAAUUGCAGGUUACACCAGAAACUGGAUCCCAGACUAUGCUACCUUAACAAAACCUCUGUAUGAGAUGCUGCCGGGGCCCGAACUCGCAAAAAUAGAAUGGGAAACCCUGGAGAUUAACGCUUUUCAGGCAGUAAAGCAGGCUCUUAUCAGUGCCCCGGCACUGGGCCUCCCUGACUCCACGAAAGAAUUUUUUCUGUUCCUGCAUGAACAGAAGGGAAUAGCAAAGGGAGUCCUGACCCAGGAGUUUGCUGACACUCAGAGACCUGUAGCAUACUUAUCAAAACAACUUGACUUGGUAGCUAAGGGAUGGCCCGCGUGCCUACCUGCUGUAGCUGCUGCUUGUCUAUUAGUAGAGGAUGCUUUAAAAUUUACGCUGGGGGGGGACCUGACUGUCUAUGUUCCUCAUGCAGUUUUAGCCAUGUUAGAACGGAAAGGGGGCCACUGGUUAACUCAGCAGCUAUAAAUAUCAGGCCAUCCAAAUUGACAGCCCAGGGGUAAAAUGUGUAGUCUCCACCAAGCUGAACCCAGCUACGCUUCUGCCUGAUGAGAGUCCUCUUCUGCAUGAUUGUAUUGAAACAAUAGACAUGACAUACGCAGCCCGUGCAGAUUUACAGGAUCAGCCACUAGAAAACCCAGAGGUAGAAUUUUGGACAGAUGGGAGCAGCUAUAUGGUGGAGGGGAAGCGGUUUUCUGGCUUUGCAGUUGUCACCCAGAACUCAGUCAUAGAAGCCAGAACACUGCCCCCUACAUAUUCUGCACAGGCUGCGGAACUCAUGGCUGUAAUGCGAGCGCUGGUCCUGGCAACAGGCCAGCGGGCAAAUAUAUACACAGACUCCAGAUAUGCCUUUGGGGUUGCACAUGCGUUUGGGGAACUUUGGAAACAAAGGGGUCUACUAACCUCUAAAGGAUCAAAAAUCAAACAUGCCUCGCUUGUGCUGGGCCUUCUGGAGGCCAUAGACGGACCUAGCGAACUUGCAAUUGUACACUGCAAGGAACAUGCAGCAGGGGACUCCAUCCUGGCCCGGGGUAACAGAAGGGCAGACACCGCUGCAAAAGCAGCAGCAGGGGGAAAGCAGGUUUACUACACUACUAAGGAAGCCGUUGCACAAGCCCUCAUUGAAAGGUUACAAAGACCUAGAAAAACUUUUUGGGAGGAAAUGGAAGAAAAGGACGAGGAGGAUUUAGAAAGGGCAGCAUGGGCCCAAGAGGUGUGGGAACACGAACAUGCUGCCAUAACAGGAGCUCUCAUCCCAGCAGUGCAGGACUUAGACCCAAUAUACACACAAAAGGAAAACAAAUUUGCUGAAGGGAAUGGACUACACUCCAGGGAGGACGGAUGGUGGGAAACAGAGCAGGGAAAGAUCUAUGUGCCUGAAGGGCUGGUAUUUCAGAUCUUGAAAAACCUCCACACAGGCACCCACAUUGGGUCUGCCUCAGUCUCACAGCUGCACCGUGACCUGAACGAAAUCCGACCAGAAGGACUGACUGCCCCGCUGCAUCCUUUCGUGCCGGGAGACUGGGUCUACAAGGCUACAAGAAGGAGCCUCUCAUUCCGGUGUGGAAGGGCCCCUUUCAAGUCCUCCUUGCCACUCAAGCUUCGAAAGCCAGCCCACUGUGAAACACCCCCUCCGGCAUCUGAAUCUGAGGAGGACGACACUGAUGCAGCCCUAACCUUGCCGGAAAACGAACACAUCUAA